UAUGCAAAUGGAUGAUUUGCAUGGGCCCCCAGCCAGGAGCGCAGGAUGUUGGCUUUUACCUGAGGGGUGUGGUGGCUUGGCUGAACUCGAAAUCUCUCUGCCCUCCUUAUGCCUGGACCCCCUCCCAUUCUCACCACCUCUGUGCCACUCAGAGCAGACAGAACCAGCAGAGCACAUAGAACCAGGAGAGCACAUAGAACCAGAAGAGUACAUACUGUAUGUAUCUUUGCCUUGCAUGAUGGUGAACCUGCAAUACACCCACCCAGUUCCGUCACAUAUUAACAUGAGCCGGGAACCAGAUUCCACAGUGGAGCAGCAACAUGGAAGCGGAAACCUGGAGAACGACACUGAACGAGACACCCUGGACUUUGGCAAACAGAUCAAGACUGAAGAUUUUAGUGAGGCACUACAGUCAGGAAUUCCUCAUCGGCCAUGUCACCUGUCCCAAGGAUCCAUGAUAGGCGGAGGACAGAUGUCUGGGGAAAUGACUUCUUUACACCCUCUCCAACAGCUGGUAUUGGUACCCAGCCAUUUACAACCUGCCUCUCCGUACCUGCUGUCACAGUCCCAAAGUGGCCAACAAGGUCUUUUGCAACCAAAUCAUCUCUCACUCUCUCAGCAGCAAGGUGGAAUCCUUCAGCCACAAACUGGCUUGGGCCUGGCUUCACAGGCAGUAGGACGUCCCGGACUUCCAGGCUCUCCUCUAGAAUCCCAUUUGGAAAUGGGUCACCUGCAUGUUCCAAAACAUUUGCCUAUGGUGCCAGAUGAGCCCAGCGACCUAGAAGAAUUGGAGAAAUUUGCAAAGACCUUCAAGCAGAGAAGAAUAAAGCUGGGAUUCACACAGGGUGAUGUUGGAUUGGCCAUGGGAAAGCUCUACGGAAACGAUUUUAGCCAGACAACCAUAUCCCGAUUUGAAGCUCUUAACCUGAGUUUUAAAAACAUGUGCAAGCUAAAGCCCUUGCUGGAAAAAUGGCUGAAUGACGCAGAAUCUGCCCCCUCGGAUGCUGCCUUGACUCCCAGCACUAACUAUGCCCAGCUCAGUGAAAUGUUUGGGCGCAAGAGAAAGAAACGGACCAGCAUUGAAACCAAUAUCCGUCUUACACUGGAGAAAAGGUUUCAGGAUAACCCCAAACCAAGCUCUGAGGAGAUUAGCAUGAUAGCAGAGCAGCUAGUAAUGGAGAAAGAAGUGGUCAGGGUCUGGUUCUGCAAUCGGCGCCAGAAGGAAAAACGAAUAAACUGCCCAAUGAAUCUACCACUAAAGUCCCCAGUCUACAACUCCAGAAUGGCACCAACUGGUCCUUUGGGAACCAUGUCUAUGACUCCAGGGCACAGCACAAUGACCAGCACAGUGACAUCUUCCUGUUCCCCUGGGAGUUCCAGUAGACCUUCUUCACCAUCCUCUGGUCUCCAGCCCAGUAGUCCAGGAUCAUCAUUAAAUAGUUCCAAACCCACGGUGAACACAUCCAGCUACAGCAACUCAAGUUCCUGGUAUCGAUGGAAUCAUUCACAAUAUUACCACUGAGAUACUGCAUAUUGCAGGCCCUCUUUCUGUGCGAGUAUGAAGGUGAUGCUUUAAAUGAGCAAAUGCAAAUGCACCAUGCCGAAUAACGGUUGGUACCUACAAAGUUAUCACUACUCUGAACCAUGAAGAUAAAAAGCACCCAAAGCUGCUUCCAGUGUUGUACAAAAAUGGAAGAUUUCUUUCAGGAGGAAGAACUUCCCCUUGUUUCUGCAUGGCUUUCAUGUCUCUGCACAGCUUUCCUGUUUCGGGCUAAAUAUCAGUCAGAAAAGUUCAAAACAAUAAUUCCUGUUUUUAAGAGUUUACUUUUGUUCCCCAUUUUGUAUAUUUUCCUUGCCCUGUUUUUCAGUAGUUUAUGGAAAGGUUAGAGCUGUAUAUUAUUCUCACUUGUAAAUAGUUUCUCUAUGUUAUUUUCAACUUUUUUUUAGGGCUCUGGCACACAGGGAGAUUAGUCGCCCGCGACAAAUCUCCCUGUUCGCGGGCGACUAAUCUCCCCGAAAUGCCAUCCCACUGGUGAAAAUGUAAAUC